AGAGAGCGAGAGAGAGAAAAUAUAACAAGCAGUUUGUGGCAUGUGUUGUGGCAUGUAGCAUGUGCCUCUGCCUCUGACUCUCCAGUUGAUCGAAUUAAGUGCCAGCUAAUGUUCUGCGCUCGUACUCGCAGCGCCCGCGGGACCGGGACCCGGGACUGCAAUUGACUGCCACACACCGGAUAUGCAAGCGGCGCAACGAUCGCCGAGAAAAAAAGUGUAACACCCCCGCCCAGGAAGCUGCAGCAAUAAGUGCUAAUCAGUAACCCAGACCCCGCCGCUUCGCAGGCACAGGCACAGGCCCAGGCCCAGGCCAGGCCCGGAUGUAGGGCAAUAAUUGCCAAUUUCAAUUUCUGUCCAAUUGGAAAAUCUCGAAAAUUGUGUGUGUGUUUUGUUUGUGCCCCAGUCAUGUCAUGCCCAGACGACUCGUAAAAUACUCACAUACUCGUAUACUCGUAUCUGGCCAAACUCCGACACUGGCUCCGAAUCACGCUCCAACUCCAAGUAACUCUUGACUGCGCGUCACGCACCGCGAACAGGGAUCGGAGCGGAGCCUCCCUUUCUGCCACUCUUUCCUGACUGACUUUCCGCCUCUCUCUCCCGUUGCACAAUGCACAGGCUGGUGCUUCUUCGACUGCUGCUCUGGUGGCCAGCGCUGCGUUGGCUGCCCUCAAGCCGCACUUUUGGCAACCCCCCCUGCGUCUGCUGAUAAAAGGGGGAUCCCUCACAGAGAUAGAGAAACAGAGAGAGAGAGAGAGAGAGAGAGAGAGAAAGAGAGCGAGCAAAGAAUCGAAAAACGGGGGGAACCCUACCAACAACAACAAAAGAAAAAGAGACAGUCUUAAAGGUGCGUUGCACUCCCGCUCGCUUGCUCGCUGGCUCGCUCGUUGCUUUUUGUCAUUGAUUCCGCGGAUAGCAUGCGGCAGGGGCAGCAAACGGCAACAGCUGCUGCGACAAUACUACAGACGAGCCACAAUAGUUGCAGCGAUUAUUUCGAGCAUCCGCCUUCCUCUGCUGCUCUGCCACCGCCCCUUGCCACCGCUGUAGUUGUAGUUGUAGCUGUUGCCGCUGUCUUCCGUAACGUGGCCAGAACGUUGCCGGGCAAUUAUUAUUUUGUAAGACGUUUUACAAUUUAAUGGUUUUCAUGAAUGGACUUGGAUCCGACCCUCUGUCAGCAAAGGAGGCAGAGGGCCCUCCGGUUCAGGUUGAACCAGUUGAUUUGAGCCUACGUUCGCCGCGCGCCAGCACUUCGCAUGGGAGCAGCAGCAGCGGCAGCGGCAGCCGAAGCGGCAGCGGCAGCUGUAAAUCCUCAUCGACCACCAAAGCAGUCCAUAGCAGCAUCAACUACAGCAAUGGAAAGCAGUCUGGAUCAUCCUCAACCUCCAGCAGCUAUGCGGCCGGUGCUUCGGCCGGUGCCUCGUCGUUGGGGGCCUUUGGCCGGCAGCAUCAGCAGCCCACUCAGCAACAACUCUAUGCCUCCGGUGUGUCCAAGUUGCCAUUCUCGCCAUUCUUUGCCGCGUCGCCAUUCUUCUUCACCUACCGCCGGAUUAGCGGCGGUGGUGGCGCCGGCUCAGGAAGCAGCAAGCAGGAGGACAACAACAACAGCUGCAGCUACAACAAUGGCAGCAGCGGCGGCAGCAGCAGCAACUCCUCCUCGCUCAUGCAGGACUACGACCGCAAGUUCAGCCUGCUGAGCCUCUUCAAGAAUCCCUACAAGUUCAGUGACGGCCAAACGGCGAGGAAGACCUCACCGCCGGGCGGCAGCUCCAGCAAGUCGGCGGUGGCCCCUGCCUGCUCCUCCUCAUCCUCCGCCAGCUGGAAGAGCUACGCUGGCUCGGGGUCGCCACACGCUGCCCUUAAUCCGGCCUUCGGCGGCAUGGCUCUGGGCGCCACGCGCAAGGACAACAGCAGCUUCAGCGGCAUCAACUUUGGCGGCGGAGCCUCCUCCUUUGCGCGAUCCACUUCCGCCGACGCGACGGCCAACGGCGGCUACAAUGAUCUCUCCAAGAACCGCAAGGUACACAAAUGCGACACCGAAGGCUGCGACAAGGUCUACACCAAAAGCUCGCACCUCAAGGCGCACAAGCGAACGCAUACGGGUGAGAAGCCGUAUGUGUGCACCUGGGAGGGCUGCAUCUGGCGCUUCGCCCGCUCCGACGAGCUGACCCGCCACUACCGCAAGCACACGGGCGUGAAGCCCUUCCGGUGUCAGCUCUGCACGAGGAGCUUCAGCCGCUCCGAUCAUCUGUCGCUGCACAUGCGCCGCCACUGAGCAGAAGGGCAGAAGGGCAGAAGGGAAUGAGGAUUGUGACUGCCGAUCUGGCCAUACAUAUAUACAUAUAGUGCAUACAAAACAUAUCUAUAUAGACGCCGAGAAUACUCAUCGAAGGUGCUGCUCGCUCUUGACUAUUUAUAUUCACACACGAAUCGCUUUCCAUUGUUCAUUAACUGAGACCAGAUUUUACACAUUUUCCAUAUUGCCUAAGUAGCUCAAUUUAGUGGUAAGCGGGCUCAAAGCCCAAUCUAUUUAUAGGGUAUCCAUAGUUCUAGAGCUGAAGAAUUUGUAAAAUUCAUUCACGUAUUCACAACCCAGAGACAAUUGCCUUAAGAAGCCAAGUUACGAAUGGAUUUGUAAACCUACUACUCGUACACACAUAUGAAUACUCGUAGAACAUAUCCAUAUAAUCGUAGUUUCGUACGAUCAUACAGAUUAUAUAUACAGAUAGUUUUGGAUUGGUGCUAGCAACUUGCGUGUAUAUAUAUACAUACAUAUGUAGAUCUAGAUAUACUUGGUAAGGCGAAUUUUAACUAAUUUUAGAUGAAAUUUUUUAUUGGUUAUUAAGUAGAAAAUUUUAUACUCGUAUACCACAAAAAACAAAAGAGAAACAAAUACAAACAAAAAUCAAGCGACACAAAAGAGGCACAAAAACCAGAAGAAGCCAAGCAAAGCAAUAUAUUUAUAUAAAUAGAAAUUCUCUCAUAUAUAGGAUAUACCUACUAAACACAUUUUGUACUAUACACUAUACGCAUAUGAUAUGAGAGUUAAUGGAGAACAAGGGUGGAUAGCUAAUGGUGGAUUGGUGGGGCAAUUCCAGAGAAGGGAGUUCAAUUUUUUGUAUUUUUGUAUGCCUAGCGUUUCAAAGCUAUGAGAAAUAAGUGUUGGAUUCACUUUGAUGGGUAAAACGGACUACAUUCCUUCAAAGACUAUUUUACAAGUAUCAACCAUUUUAUUUGAUGUUUAUUCAACUUUUGUAUAAUUGUAUAAUUUCCCCAUUUUCCCUCUUUUCCCCUUUGAAGAUAUACCCUUUCUUUGAAUCAAAUCCUUUCUAUAACAUAUGCAUUUCUUUAAGUACCCGUCUUCACGAGACUUAUGAAACGCACUGUAUUCCUUGCUUCCUUCCUAAUCCCAACAGCAUUCUGCCGCGUCCCAACUGUCAUCGUAGAUUUAGCUCCACGCACACUCCCAGAAACACACACACACAGACACACACAAAAAGCAAAACAAAUUGUAUUAUUUUUUUAAAUAAAAGAAAAGCAAAUA